AUGGGUAAAAAAGAAAAGAAAGCAAAGAAGGCUAUAAUUUCCGAGGAGAAUACAGAGGUGUCAUCUAUUCCAAAAGAGAAGACAAAAAAAGCUCGUGUGAAGUUUGCUGAAGAUGAUUCUGUGGAUAAAACGGCUGAAGCGGCGACAUCUUCGACUGAAAAGGCUAAGUCCGCCACAGUGGAGAUUGAAACUGACGUUCAUGGAAAACGAAAGCGAAAACGUCUCCGUAAAAACAAGCUGAUAAAACAAUUCGAAGGAUUGAAGAGAGCCAAGCUCGAUGUGGUUACUCCAGAAGUUGGUGCGAAGACAUUCAAUGACUUCGAUAUUGACGAGAGAUUACUUAAGGCAAUCGGCAAUAUGGGCUGGAAGUGGCCGACUCAGGUGCAGGAGUCCAUCUUCGGUCUUGCUCUUGAGGAUAAAAAUAUACUGGCGAGAGCUCGAACGGGAAGCGGAAAAACGGGAGCCUAUCUGAUUCCUAUUGUUAACAAAGCUAUCGGUUAUGCAACUACAUUGUCUGGUGAGUCAAAGGGUCCGUUUGCUUUGUUCAUUGCGCCCACGAAAGAGCUUUGCGUACAGAUUAAUGACCUUUUGCUAAAACUACUUCAACCGCUACCAUUCUUGCGGUCCCUCAACUUGGCUGAUUUAACGUCAGACGAAAAAUCGGUCUGGGAGAAUGAUACUGCUAAUUUCGUUGUUUCCACCCCUGGGAAAAUAUUGGAGGUAUUGGCAGUUCGCCGACAUUUUUGUGAAGACGUUCGUCAUCUUGUGCUCGACGAAGCCGAUCUUCUGCUAUCUUUCGGUUACGAAGAUGAAAUGAGCUCUCUCAAGAAGUUCCUCCCCGUCAAGUAUCAGUGCAUACUGACGUCAGCUACUAUCACUGACGAUAUGAGUUCAUUGAAAAGCCUGUUUAUGACAGGGCCGGUACUCACGCUCAAGUUGAAGGAAGGAGACCUACCAGAUGUGGAUCAGCUUACGCAGUACCAAAUAACAUGUUUGGAUGAUAACGAGCGGUUCGCGAUACUCGUUGCAAUGUUCAAGUUACGAUUGAUCGUUGGCAAAACGAUUAUAUUCGUUAAUGACACCAAUAGAUGCUAUAUGACAUCACUUGUUUUGCGUUCAUUUGGAUUGAAGUCUGGUAUUCUGAACUCUUGUAUGCCGGCGAAUUCACGAUUCCAUGUGAUCAAUCAGUACAAUAACGGUGCCUUCGACAUAGUGAUCGCGUCUGAUGCGACGGAUGCCUUCGAUAACGAAACUGCUAAACCGAAAGAGCCAUCGCGGCGCGACAAGGAAUCAGGUGUUUCCCGAGGUAUCGAUUUCCAUCAAGUGGGAAAUGUUGUAAAUUUGGAUUUUCCCACAUCCACUGACAACUACAUCCAUCGCGUGGGAAGGUACGUCUAUGGCUUUCAAGCUGAACAGUCAAAACGUCCGCAUCUAGAGAUACAAGAAUCACCUAAUCAUUGUAUGGGUCGCAAGGUCAUAAUUCCAUAUGAGAUUCGUAUCAAUGAGCUCGAUUCCUUCGUGCUGAGAGUAAAGGAGGUGCUUUCAAAAUGUGGCAAAACAGUGAUAAAAGCGGCUAGAAUGCAGGAAAUAAAACUGGAGAUGAUGAGGUCGGCAAAGUUGCAGUCUUUCUUUGCAAACAAUCCCAGAGAAAAGAUAUUGAUGGAGACAAGCACUCGACCCACUACGCUCGCUGUGCAUACCAAUGCCAUAGCCGAUGUACCUGAGUAUAUGGUGCCGAAGUCUUUACGUGGGAUCAACUAUUCUAUUAGUCGGAAGAAAAAAUCAAAACCCGGUCAGAAACAUCGGCGCAAGAUUCAAGGAAAGUCUACCGGUCAAAAAGUUCACAACCGUCAGAAAAAUGAUCCAUUACGAAGUUUUAAAAUAUAA